AAUAACCAGUGUGUAGUCUGUUCAAAGUUCAAUAUGGAGGAGGGCAUGGCUGAGAACCAAAUCUCACCACCACACCCAAUUCACCGUCCCCCUCCUUCUUCGCAGCUCCCCCUAUCACCGACCUCCAUCUCAUCGUCGGUCAAGAUCAUCCUCGACAUCCUAAUCCGAACCACACCCCAGCAGAUCGAACCGGCUCUCGCCUCCACCGGAAUAAUCCCCACCACCGAAGUCGUUGUCGAAGUCCUGAAGCUCUCGUACGACUACCCAUUCUCCGCCAUAAAGUUCUUCCGAUGGGCCGGGCUGGCCCACAAGCACUCAGCCCACGCCUGGAACCUCAUGGUCGACCUCCUCGGCCGCAACCGCCUCUUCGAGUCCAUGUGGGACGCCAUCCGCUCAAUGCGGCAGGAAAAGACUCUCUCCUUGGCCGCCUUCGCCUCCGCCUUCGGAAAUUACUGCGCUUCUGGAAGCUUCGACGACGCCCUCAUGACUUUUCAGGUCAUGGACAAAUACGGCAUCCCAAACGACGUCGUUGCCGCCAAUUCUCUGCUCAGCGCAAUGUGCGGCGAAAACGGCUGCGUUUUGAGGGCUCUGGACUUCCUCGAGACCAUGAAAUCGAAGCCGGAAUUCGGCCCCGACGGGGACUCGUUUGCUAUUUUGCUCGAGGGGCUGGAGAAGGAAGGGGAUGCGGCGAAGGCGAAGACAACGUUUGGGGAAAUGGUGGUGAGAGUUGGGUGGAUGCCGGCGAACGUGGCGGCUUACGACGCUUUCUUGAUGACGCUGGUGAGAGGGGAACAAGUGGAGGAGGCUCUGAAAUUCUUGAUUGUGAUGAAGAAGAAUAGCUGCUUGCCAGGUUUGAGAUUCUUUUCCAGUGCUCUUGAUAUUCUUGUUAAGCGAAAGGAUUCGAAGAAUGCAAUUUUGAUUUGGGAUGUUGUGGUUGGCAAUGGUAAUGGGUUGGUGCCUAAUUUGUCAAUGUACAAUGCCAUGAUUGGAUUAUUGUGUGAUUGCAAUGAGGUCGAUGAUGCAUUUAGGCUCCUUGACGAGAUGGUAUUUCAUGGUGCUUUUCCUGAUUCUUUCACUUAUAAUGUGAUCUUUAAGUGUUUGCUUAAGAACAAGAAGGUUGGUGAUGCUGGUAAGUUUUUUGUGGAGAUGGUGAAGAAUGAGUGGCUUCCCACCCAUGCUAAUUUUGCUGCUGCCAUCACCAUGUUUUUUGAAGGGGAUGACCCUGAAAUGGGGGUUCAGAUUUGGAACUUUAUGGUUGAAAACAAGGUCGAGCCUCUUGAUGCAGCGGCCAAUGCCUUGCUCUUGGGGCUUUGUAAGUUAGAUAGGUUGUCAGAGUUGAAGAGGAAUGCUGACGAUAUGCUUGAUAGAAGGAUCAGCAUAUACGAAUCAACAAUGGCGAGCUUGAAGAGUGCUUACUAUAAGGAUGGCAGAGGUGCAAGGGACAAAUAUGAUGGCUUGGCAAGGAGGUGGAAGACCUCACUAGGUCGCUAGACAUUUUAUGGCUUAGGUUCUUUUUUCGAUAUGUAUAGGAGUUAUGUUCUUUACUUGCAUAGGCGUAAUCACUUGUGGAAAGUGCGUAUAUAUUCUUUUUCCGUACCAAGCAGGUUUUGUGGUUAACUGUUAUUAUACAAAUUGCCUCUUGUAGCUGUCUGACCUAUUCGUCUUCUCUCUUUCCCGUUCCUCCUUUUUUUUUGUUUUGGAUUUUGCUUUUCUUUUCUGAUAUAUUCAGUUUGAUUUUGAUUUCUUGUUGUUCAAUGUGCCUGCUGCUGGUUGUGAAAUUCUUUCCUUCCUUGAGUUCCUGGUAUGAAUGCUUUCUUGUUACGUGUUUCCAGAGCUUUUAUUAUUUAACAGUGCAAUCACCAAGCUGCAUAUAAAUGCUGAGAGCAUUAGUAGCUCUCUUACUUUACUGCAUUUUGGUGCUUCGUUUCAUAUUUAUUUUAUUUAUAAUUUUUAUGACAGUCGCUGGCCCUUUCCAAUGUCUUUUUGAGAAUUUCUAUUCUAGACUUUGCUAGAUGGCCUCUCAUCCUGGUAGUUGGUGUCCUUAAAUCAUAACUUGAGAGUGAUUAUGCUUGUUUUGACUCAUUGGUGUACAUUUCAUGAGGCAUCGUUGGAUUGUUCUUUGGAAUGUAAAUGAUGCCUCCUGGUGCAGGUUUGUCAUCUCUGUAUCUGUAACCCUUUUCUCUCCCUUGAUGACUCAUGAAUUGUUGAAGUCCCAAAUUCUCUUCAUUCACCUUUCUAAAACUUAAAAUCGAUGAACUAAAGGACUUAUUAAAACCCAAUGAUCGUUUAGAUCAAUUCAUUUCUUAAAAUCUUGAAAGGAAUUGUUUUUCAAGGCAUGGAAUAUUUUUUGUUUUAGAAAGGCCAGGGUUCUUUUUCUUUUUAUCUGACGAAGAAUGCAAGUAGAAAAAUUGCAUUUAUUUCAGGCGAGGGCAACAAGUUCUAUAAGAGCAUUUCCACUUCAUUUGCCAUGGCAAAGGGCAAGGGGAGGCAGGCAAAAGGCAAAUUGUGUUUUCAUCCAUUGACAUGGUAAAUGACAAUAUGGCAGCAGCGGUGUUAUAAGCAACUGCAUUCCAACCACCAUCUCCUUUGUGACCGAGCUGACGUUCUUCUCUAAGUAUAUCCGCUAAUGAACGCUCCAUUGUGUAUUCCAUCGAAAAUAAACUUUGUCAUCUCCUUCAGUGUCAUUAAUUUGCUUGUCUUUUCUUC